GUGCAUAUAAAGCUAAGUUCGCACAGACACUACGCUGUUCUGAGAAUACGCUCUUCAGUCUGUGUGAGCUACAGAUCCUGAGAGAACCGUCUCACCCAAUUGAGUACUCUGCACCAAAGUGUCUCAGACUCCUCGCCUGAAAAACUCCACUUGCGCAUCUUGGAAAAGACUCGAGGUCAAAAAUGAAGCUCCUGCUUUUAGCUGCAAGUCUCGCUUUCUUGGUAAAUCCAGGAAAGGGUCUGACAUGUUUCCGCUGUAGCAUCAGCACAUCCCUCUGUGUCUCGAAAGUGAGCUGUGGAGACAACGAAUUGUGCUACUCCAGAAACAACACCCUGCUUGGAAUAACGGUCUAUUCCUCUGGAUGUACGGAUAAGGAGAAGUGUGGGAAGGAAACCUCGGAGACAUUUGCUGGAGUGAAAUACAAGAUGGUCACAAGAUGCUGUGAUUAUGAUCUUUGUAACAGUUCUGCUGGCUUGCAGCUUUCCUUCCUCACAGUGUUAGUGGGUCUCACUGCCUGGGUAUCCCGAUUCCUGUAAUUACAACCCCGGUCACACACAGCUCAGGGAGCUCACACAUUCCCAAUCUAUGGCAUCGGCUCUUCCCUAUGAAUUGCUGCUCUCUCCCUCACCCACCCGAAACGGCAGCUUUCCUGCUCCUGAGGUGCUGCUUGUCCUGCUGAGUCCAUCCAGCCCCACACCGUGUUAUCUCUCCUUCACUUUGUCUGUUUCUGUUCUGUUUCUCUUCUCUUUCAGCCUGUGGUCCUCUCUCCCUCUCUCUCUCUCUCUCUACCCCCCCCAACCCCCCCCUCCCCCCCUCGCUCUCUCUGCCCUUUUCUCUCUCUCUCUUCCACCCUUCCCCUCUCUCUCUCUGUCUGUCUCCUCCCCCCAGCCCUCUCUCUCUCUCUCUCCCUCUCCCCUUAUCGACGCCCACCCCCCUCGGUGUCCCAGCUAACCAAAGAGCACUGGGCUGGGAAGAGAUACACCGAGACAUCCUGAGCACUUGGAAAAGAUUCUGUGUUUUUCAUUCAACACCCCACUUUCAACUUCGCAAAGAAAAAUUCAGCAGGCACGCUAAAUCCUGUGUGUUUCUGUCUGUGUGUGUGUGUGUGUGUGUGUGUGUGUGUGAGAGAGAGAGAGAGAGAGUGUGAGGGUGUGAGUGUGAGUGAGUGAGUGUGUGUGCGUGUGAGAGAGAGUGUGAGUGUGAGUGAAUGAGUGUGUGUGUGUGUGUGAGAGAGAGAGUGUGAGGGUGUGAGUGUGAGUGAGUGAGUGUGUGUGUGUGUGUGUGUGUGAGAGAAUGAAUGAGCGUGAGGGUGUGAGUGUGUGUAUGUGUGUGUGUGUGAGUGAGUGUGAGAGUGUGUGUGUGUGAGAGAGAGAGUGUGAGGGUGUGAGUGUGAGUGAGUGUGUGUGUGCGAGUGUGCAGGGAUGGGUGUGAGGGUGUGUGUGUGUGUGAGUGUGAGUGAGUGAGUGAGUGAGUGUGUGAGUGUGAGUAUGCAUUGAUGGGUGCUGACAGGGAUGGGCUAACCUUGCACUGCAAGAGUACAGAGUGUGUUCUGAUGUGUGCAGGCCCCUCGUGGACAGUGGGAUGUGCUGUUGAUCUGUGGAAAACAAUAAAAUACAAUAAAAGGUUCCCAGACAAAA